AGUGUGCGUCGCCCCAGCUGAGUUGGUGAAGUCACCUGACGUUACCCCCCCGCGGAGAGGUGCCAACAGAGGGACAGGAUGCCUAUUCCUCCCCCUCCUCCCCCUGGACCGCCGCCCCCACCCACCUUCAGUCAGGCGAACACGACUCCUCCCAAACUGAGCUCAUCUGAGAAUAAAGGCAGAGGAGCGCUGCUGUCCGACAUCUGCAAAGGCGCCAAGCUAAAGAAGGUCGGUGUGGUUAAUGACCGGAGCGCACCCGUUAUAGAGAAAUCAGGAGGAAGUGGCGGGGGAGGAGGAGGUGGAGGUGGAGGUUUUGGAGGCGGCGCCCCAAUGGGAAUGGGGGGGCUUUUUCAAGGUGGUGUGCCAAAAUUACGCCCAGUUGGAGAUGGAUCAGCAGGAGGUUCAGUAGGCAGAUCUGCACUGAGGCCCCCGGGGUCCCGGUCCGCGGCCCCUCGCCCCCCAACGGGCCGCUCCACUUCACCCUCCCCAGCCAACAAGCCCUCACCACCCGAGCACCAGCGCUCCCACCGCCCCUCUCUCCCCGACAUCUCCCGUCCCUCCAGCAGCAGCGGCUCGUCCACAGGCAGCGGGAUGAAGCACAGCACCUCCGCCCCGCCCCCUCCUCCACCCUUCAACAGGGGCGGCCGUGGCAACGCUCCGCCCACCCCCAACCAGAAAGCACCUUCCACAUCUUCCUCUCACAGCAGAGAGAAGCCCCUCCCCCCAACGCCCAACAGAGGGCCCACGCCCCCCGGCUCCGUGAAGCCGCCAUCUUCCAGCAGACCUCCAACCGGGGGCUCCUCUGCUCCUCCGCCUCCCCCGCCAUACAGACCACACUUGUCAGUCUCCAACGGGCCUUCCCACGUAGACGGGGGCGGCGCGCCGGAGCUGCCACAGAGGCACAACUCGCUGCACAAAAAACACACAUCAGGAGGCGGCAGCCAAGGACGCAGCCACGCGCCUCCACCUCCUCCCUCUUCAUCUCCAUCUUCUCAGCCCAUCUCCAGACCACCACCACCUGCCAGAGAGCCACCUGGACGCAGAGCAGCUCCCCAGGUACCCCCUCCCGGGUCUCGUAACGGAGGUCGGGACGCGCCUCCGCCACCACCCCCAUACCGUGUCAACAGCUCUGCGAUCUCGGAGUCCCUCAACCGAGUGGGAAAACCACCUCCUCCCUCCUCCAUCUCAUCCUCCUCCUCCUCCUCCCGCACCCCGGCCGGACCACCUCCACCCCCACCGCCCAUCAGGAACGGCCACUCCAACAUCUCCUCUUCCAAGUCCAUCAUAGAUGAUUUUGAAUCCAAGUUCAACUUCCACCCGAUUGAAGACCUUCCACCUCCAGAGGAGUACAGGCACUUCAACAAGGUCUACCCCAGCAAAACCAACAAGGCCAUGAUGAGAGGAGCCCCUCCAGCGCCGCCGGUCGGGAGGUGAACGGGCCUCAGCUCAGGACUUGAACUCUCAGUCAGCCGACUCGGUGGACGGUCAGGAGGGAGUGGUGAAGACGCACUCGAAUCACAAACACACUAAACACACACAGAUAUUCACCAAACAUUAAACCACCAGCCAGAAGCACAGUGGCCAAAAAAAGUUAACACUACCACAGCACGCAGGUCUGACACUACUCGGCGGUCACUUUCUCACUUUGCACGAGAGAAUAAAAAAACACUCAGACGAGAAGCCGUCAUGACUGCGACCACCUCGACUCCUCUGCUGACCGGAAGCAGAAGCCUCUGCUCCACACGACAUAUCAGGACCAAACUCCCAACGCUUCCCGCUCGGUGCAUUCCACCUUUUUUUAAAUGCAUAUUCAUGAUGACGAUGUUGAUUUUCAUAACUCUGAAUUACAUCUUUUGUUUAUUUAA